CUUGGUUUGGAGUCUUUGCCUUUGGUUUUUUGCCUUUGCUUCCAUCCAAGUACAGUUGAAGUCAGCCCAGCAGAAAGAAAGCUUGAAGCUACAUUUGAAUACUCUAUUACACAAAAAGCAAAACAGACUACAAUAAAAUGGCCGACAAACCAAAACGUCCUCUAUCUGCAUACAUGAUCUGGCUGAACAGUGCCCGCGAACAAAUCAAACGCGAAAAUCCCGGCAUCAAAGUCACCGAGGUGGCCAAGCGCGGUGGUGAAUUAUGGAGAGGCAUGAAGGACAAGAGCGAGUGGGAGGCAAAGGCUGCUAAGGCUAAGGAUGAUUACGAUCGCGCUGUCAAGGACUACGAAGCUAACGGCGGCGGCGGUGGCGGCGCUACUGCCAACGGUGCCAAGAAACGCGCAAAGCCCGCGAAAAAGGCGGCGAAAAAGAGCAAGAAAGACGAGUCCGAUGACGAUGACGAAGAUGAGAGCGAAUAAGCAAUUCGAUCUUUAGCACAGCAGUCAUCACAAUAAUAACAACAGCAACAUUAGUGGACCUGUCAGUCAGUCGCAUUUUGUUUAAGUUCCACACAACCUCCUACCAUCCAUCCCACACGACCCUCACUCCAGCAGCACCAACAUCAUUCUAAAAUAACAUAGAAUACAAAUACAAAGAAGGCCACCAAGCACAAGAGCAGCAAGCACACCGAGUAAAAGACGUUAAUUGUUUGAAAGCAGCUAAAUAAGGCCACCUUUUAAGUAAAACCAACAAGAAAAUAAGCAAAUUUGUAUUUAUACAUAAGAUUUAAGUUUAGUAGUCGUUUCUUUUAGUCUACACGUUUACAAGAUGUUGAAGAGUAUUUUGUUUAAGUCAUCGCGCCAACGAAAGCGAACAGUCGACGGUAACAUAUUAAAGAAAAAACAAAAGAAAACAGUUUGUAUCUUGCAUAAAAAUUUGUAAAUUAAAC